AUGUGGAGGGAAGUGGGACAGGAUAUCGGCAUGGGAGGAGGCGCUUUGCCGGUAUGGUGGAUGAUAGCUGGGUUGGGUGCAGCGAUGGCAGGAGGAGGAGCAGGAGGAGCAGGAGCAGGAGCAGGAGCAGGAGCAGGAGGAAGAGGGUUGACGAGGAUGUGGAAGUUGAGCAGCUUAGAAGCGGGAGGAGGGGGGGGGGAGCAGCGAUGUUGGGAUAUGCGCGUAAGGCUGAGAGGAGGAGGGCCGGUGGUGGAUCUGAUGCCCAAGGUUCAACCGAUCCCUUCCAAUUACGACGAGAUAUACUCAAGUCCUGAGGGAGAAGCUCUCUUGCAAGCAGCUGAGAGAGCAGCGGCGAGUGGCAAUUUCAGCCAUGCCCGCAUGCUACAUAAGAAGUCAAUCGAGAGGUUCAGCAAGGCGUUUGCCUUGUCGCGAUGGACAGAUCAGCUCAAUUCCUUGCGCAAGAGGAUCAACGAAGGAGAGGAGGAGGCGAAACGAGCAGCAGAGGCUGUAGAUCCGCCGUUCUGGUCCGUCUCUCAACAUCUCAACCUCACGGAGCAGCAGGUGGCGCAGCUUGAGGAGUGGGUGGGAGCGCCGGUGAUGGCGGCAAAUGCCAUGUUUGUGGCGUCCCAGCAUGGAUUUGAGAGCAGAGAGUUCCAUCGGCGAUGCGAUGGAGUUGCGCCAUCGCUCGUCCUCGUUCGCACGGCGACAGGGCACAUCUUCGGAGGCUACACGUCGCAACCAUGGUCAAAAGGAAUACUAACGCGCAGGCCGCCCAGAUGGUCGCCGAAGAUGGUGGAGGACAAGCAUGCGUUCGUGUUUCGUCUGUAUGCUCCUCCUGACUGGGUGCCCAAGUCGUACAAGGACGUCUUCGGAGAAGACUACGAGCAAGACAUUGCAAAGCCGCUGUGUGAGGCCCUGAGCAUCAGUAUCGACGAGGAGGACGGGAACGUGGAUGCGAUGCAGACCAGCGAUGUGCCCGACGGGCAACGAUGGUGCCUGGACGUUCCUGUCAGCGGCAUAUCCAACAUCACAGGAGGGGUCAACGGCAGCUCUGCCCAGCACGAGCCCUGCAUCCUACGUAGGAGCUACAAAGAGCCGGACGUCGCUCCUGUCCGGCACGUGUGGUGCAAGGGCCCUUGCUUCACGCAUGCCCUAGAGAUUGAUCUCGACGAUCCUCAACGAUCCUUCUCCGAUCUGCUCUCCGGCGCGAUCUUCCACAUGCCUCCUGGCGUACGUUGA